UGAAGUUGACUAACCCGGCAUCUCUUUGUUCGCUCCCUCACUCUCACUCUGCAAAAUACGAAAUAAAUUAAAAUUUUCAUUUUUUUCAACUUUUUCUCUAAAAAAUAAUUUUUAAAUGGAUCUCGUCGAAAAAUUAUUUGCUACCACCGACCUCUACAAAAUCUUGAACAUCUCUGCGGACAAGGCUGGAGAUGAGAAAGCUCUGAAAUCUGGUUAUCUUCGUGCCGCUUUGAAGUACCAUCCGGACAAAGCAUCAGAGGAUGAACGAGAAACGAAAACUCAACAAUUUCAAGUCAUCACUCGGAUUUAUGAAUUGCUGAAAGAUUCAGAUUUAAGAAAGUCAUAUGAUGAAACAGGAGAAUGGCCAGACAAAGAAGAUUUUGUCAUGGAUUACAGCAGCUUCCGCACACUCGAUGAACAAACUAUUCUCGAUUUCAAAAAGGGAUAUUUGGGUUCUGACGAGGAGAAGGAUGAUGUUAAACGCCUCUAUAAAGAAGGAAAAGGCGACAUUUUCCACGUCAUAGAAAAUCUCUUCUUUGCCAAUAUUCUUGAUGAUGAGGAACGCGUGCAAAAUAUAAUUGAUGGCUUGAUUGAGGACGGAGAGAUGGACAAGUUGGGAAAAGGAGUUGAUAAGAAGGUUCGAGAUAAGAAAAUAAAGAAGGCCAAGAAAGAAGCCGCAGAGGCGGAAGAGCUCAGAAAAGAGAUGAAACUUGAUAAUGGUCUUGAAGGUCUCAAAAAUGCCAUAGCAAGAAAUGCUACCGGCAGGAAUACUUUCCUCGACGACUUGGAAAAAAAGUAUGCCGGUGCUGAGAAGAAUGGAAAAGCUACUGCUUCUGCUAGCAAUGGUCGCGGGCGCCCACGCAAAACUCCUGUUGUUGUUGAAGAGAAUGAUGACAACGAUGAUACAGAUGAGGCAGAUGACGUCGAGGAGGAUGAAGUCCCAAAGUCCAAAAAGCGAAAGUCACAACCCGUCAAGAAACCCAGUAGCAGCCGAGGAAGGGGAAGACCUAAGAAAGCAGCCCCUGUUGAAGUCGAUGAUGAAGUUGAGGAUCUAGAGGACGAUGAUGAAGACAUCGAGGAAGAUGUCAGCGAAGAUGAAGCCCCAAAGUCAAAGAAGAAGAAAGUUGAAGCACCUAAAGUUACCGCUUCCAAGAAGAAACCGGCCGGAAGUACUGGACGAGGGCGUGGACGUCCUCCAAAGACCAAAAAGUAAUUAAAACAUGUAAAGGCUGAUCGCUUCGUUCACUUUAAAUCUCCGCUUUUCUAUGCGAUCCAAUAAUUCCUACUUCUAAUUUACCUUUGCAUUCGAUGCGUAAUUAAUUUAACGCUGUGAAAUAUAAUAACCCCAAAUUUAUGUGUGAAGAAUGGUCCCUUUUUGUAAUAAAUCCAAUGAUGACAUAUGAGUUACUGUAAA